AUGGAAUUUAAGAAGCUUAGAAAGGUAUGCACACUGGGAAAACACCAUGUGAAGGUGAUCCUUCUACAAGCCAUGGAAUGCCAACAAUUGCCAGGAAACCGCCAGCAUGUUAGAUCCCAGUGCCACGUGUCAUAUAUCUUGAACAUAGGUACUGGUUUUGCCCUUUCCAGGAAAAAUGAAGAAUGGAUGAUGGAGGCUGCAGAGUGUGUUGGUUGCGGGGCCCAUGUGUCCUCCCCAGCAGACACAGAGACACAGAUCUUCAUGAAGACUCUGACUGGCAAGGCCAGCACUUCUGAGGUUGAGCCCAGUGACACCACUGAGAAUGUCAAAGCUAAAAUCCAAGACAAGGAGGGCAUCCCGCCUGACCAGCAGUGUCUGACUUUUCCAGGCCAACAGCUAGAGGAUGGUAGCACUCUCUCAAACUACAGCAGUGAGAAAGAGUCCACCUGGCACCCGGUGCUUCGUCUGCAUGGAGGCAUCAUCCCUCUCCUUCGCCAACUCACCCAGAAGUACAACUGUGACGAGAUGAUCUGCCACAAGUGUUACACCCACCUGCAUCCCCACUCUGUCAACCGCUGCAAAACAUGCAGCCACACCAACAAUCUCUGCCCCAAGAAGAAGGUUAAAUAA